AUGCUGGCCUGGCAGGAUGGCGGGGCCAAGGCGGCUCCUUCUCACCACAAGAUUUCCUUCUCUGUCCUGGACAUCUUGGAUCCUCAAAAAUUCACGCGAGCUGCGUUCCCACCGGUGCGUCUAGCUGCCCGGGAAGCCAAGAAAAGUUUAGCGGAGGUGGAAGCAGGGGAAGACGCCAGUCCCGAGUCUACGAUCGGGUCACAGGACACCCCUGAUGCCACGGGCCGAGGCUUUGGCCCCGCGUCCCCCCUGGAAGGCUCGGAAGCGGAAGAGGAGGAGGAAGCUGAGGACGCGGGGCGCGCGCAGCUGCGGGAGCGGCCGGAGCGCUGGCAGGGGGUUCACCAGGGCUCUCCAGAGGCCCAGGCUGUGGUGACUGGAGUAGGGGAGAGUGGCACCGACCGGCUGCCAACGUCCCCCGGCUCUCCCGGCUCCCCGCGGCCCCGGCGCCGGCGAUCCGAGCCUAGCUGCGCCAAGCCACGGCGCGCGCGCACAGCCUUCACCUACGAGCAGCUGGUGGCUCUGGAGAACAAGUUCCGAGCCACGCGCUACCUAUCGGUGUGCGAACGCCUGAACCUGGCUCUGUCGCUCAGUCUCACCGAGACGCAGGUCAAAAUCUGGUUCCAGAACCGAAGGACCAAGUGGAAGAAGCAGAACCCGGGGGCCGACGGCACAGUGCAGGCGGGGUGUGGUACGCCGCAGCCUGGGACACCCGGUGUAGUGGCGGGAGCCUGCGGCAGUAGCACCGGGAGCAGUCCUGGCCCCCAGGUUCCAGGCGCUCUGCCGUUCCAGACUUUCCCCACCUAUCCGGCUAGCAACGUCAUAUUUCCCCCUUCCUCCUUCCCGUUAACGACAGCCGCCACGGGGAGUCCCUUCACUCCUUUUCUUGGGCCCUCCUACUUGACCCCUUUCUAUGUCCCGCACCUGUAAAUCGGGUACUCCAACCGAAUCGAGA